CCCUCCAUUCUUUUGGGGGACUUUAUAUCAAUCAACAUGAGAUUAAAGUGUUUUUUCUUUUGAGUGGGAUAUUCUGAUGUUUGUAUCCAGUUGAGGCAUUAGCAAUCAAGAAGCAUGAAAUGGUCCUAGAUCUUCAUUUGCAACAAGCAAAUAGAAGAAGGUACCCCCUUAGAGAAGUCGAAGAUGUUUGAUGAUGAACGUGAAGGCGGCGGCUAUCUCUCUCGUGGUUUUGAGUGUAACAUUUGCCUGGAUCUUGCAAAUGAUCCAGUGGUUACCUUAUGUGGUCACUUGUAUUGCUGGCCUUGCAUCUACAAAUGGAUCCACUUACAUAGCAUCCCUUCCGAAAAUUCAUCUCAACGCCACCCACAAUGCCCUGUUUGCAAGGCUGAUGUUUCAGAAAGAAGCAUGGUUCCACUCUAUGGCCGCGACCAAGCUACAAAAACAUCUGAAGAUGAAGUUCAAGCUAAUGGUAUGGUCAUACCAGAAAGACCUGGGAUUCACACUAUUGAUUCACAUCCACCUCAACAACUCCAUCAUCAGUCAAAUACAACCAGGAUUGGUGGCACGACAACAAAUAUGAUUGGGGAAACAGCACGCGUUUCUGGAAACUCGUCACCAACAUUGUAUCCAUAUCCAAACGCGCAUCAUCUAGUAGGCAGCACUAGUUUGAGAAUGAGAAGGCAACAAUUGCAAGCUGAUGAUAAAUCACUUCGCAGAGUACAUUUUUUUCUCAUCUGUUGCGUACUGUUAUGUCUUAUCUUGUUAUGAUAAAGACUUUUUUUUCUGCUGUAAGAAAUAUGAAUAAUGUACUACACGAAUUUGGCUCAAUGUCAUAUAUUACUUGUAUCUUGAUCUUCAAUAAGGAAGACUCUCUACUCAUGACUUGAAAUAUAAAA